AUGGAUGGGUAUAACCAACAGCAACAGCAACAACAACAACAACAACAACAACACCAAAUGAAUCUAGGUUCAUCGGGUGGUAUUUUACAUAGCCCACAACAACAACAACAACAACAACAACAACAACAACAACAACAACAGCAACCAAUGAAUGGUUCAAAUAAUCAAUUAUUGGGUAUUAGUAAUGGCGGAUUUGGAACAAUGCUCCAACAAUCAGCAUCUUUACCAAUCAAUAUACAAGGAUCAAAUUCAUUCUCAACAUUUACACCAUUAUCAGCUGAUGAUUCAAAUUUAAAAAAGAGAAAGAUUAAGAAUGAAGACGGUACAUAUUCAGAGAUCCCUUAUUCUCCAAAUUCAUUGGUUGGUAGUAAUGGUGGUUUAGAUAGUAGUUUUUUAAUGCUUCAACAACAAUUACAAGAUCAACAACAACAAAUAGCUCAAUUUAAUAGUUCUGUAAAUAGUCCUUCUUUUUCUUUAAAUUCAAGUCAAGUUAAUAAUAAUAACAAUAAUAAUAAUAAUAUAAAUAAUAAUAACAAUAGUAAUAAUAAUAUAAAUAAUAACAAUAGUAAUAAUAAUAUAAAUAAUAAUAAUAAUAACAACAACAACAAUAAUAAUAAUAUAAAUAAUAAUAAUAUAAAUAAUAACAAUAAUUAUAAUAAUAAUAAUAAUAAUAAUAAUCAUAAUCAUCUUCAAACAACUACAACUACAACUACAAAUAAUGGAUUAACAAUUAAUGCAAAUAAUACACCAAGUCAAUUAUCAUCAUCAUCAUUAUAUCCAGGUAUAAUACCUCAAAUUUCAAUUACAAAUACUCAAUCAGGUUAUACACCACGUAGUAUAUCACCAAAUCCAUCACCAAAUCUUUCACCAACUAAUUCACCAAUUCAAUCACCACAUUUACCAACUGAUAACUAUUUAAUGAUUGGAUCAGAGAAUGAAAAUUCUGAUCCACCUUCACCAAUGACACAAUAUAAUGAAAAUCCACCUUUUACUUGGACCGAUUAUAAAUCUGAACCAUGGUAUACUACUUUUAAUACAAAUGGUGAUGAAAUGCCAGUACCACUUUUAAAUAUUAUGGCAUCAAAAGGUUUUUCAUAUAUUGGUGGACAAUGGAUUUAUUGUAGAAGAAAUCAUUUUCAAUUGGAUAUUACAGCAGUUUAUCCAAAACUUUUUCAAGAGACACAAUAUGGACAUAAUGGAGUUACAUUGUCAAAUAGUUCAUCAUCAGUCGAUCCAACUCAAACACCAUCCUAUAUGUUAAUUAGUGGUGUGAAAACACCAAUCAAUGGUUUAACUCUUACCAUUAAAGGUAUAAAGAAUCGUGCUGAUAUGUCACAACAAGAGAGUGAGGUGGAAUUAUUCCAAACCAAUUCAAAACGUGAGAAACAAGGUGAACAUGCACCAAAACCAGUGGCAAUUCAAUUCGGUUCAUUGGUUAGUAUACAAAGAUUACAUUUUAGAAAGGCAACACUUAACAAUGCCAGAAGACAUGGUCAACCAAAUCCACAUCAAGAAUUCAAUCAAUUGGUUGUAUCAUUGUAUGGUCGUUGUAUGGGUCAAGAAUAUUGUAUCGUAAGUUACGUUUCACCUGCUCUCAUUGUUCGUACAGCAACUCAAGUAACACCACCUGGUGAUCUAUCACCUGUUCAUACCCCUGAUUAUGCUGGUACAAGUAGUAACAAUGGUGGUGGUAGUAAUAAUAUGAAUUGUUUUGGUCCAACUAUAUCAAAUAUAGAUUUUUCAACAAUGAAUAUAGUAUCACCUGGUCAUUCACCAACUUCACCACGUCCUUUAUCACAAUUAACUAGUCAAGGUCAAACAAAUAUUUUACGUUUAACUCAAAAUCAUAAUAAUAAUAAUAAUAAUAAUAAUAAUAAUAAUAAUAAUAAUAAUAAUAAUAAUAAUAAUAAUAAUAAUAAUAAUAUAAAUAAUAAUAAUAAUAGUAAUAAUAAUAGUUUAGGUAAUAUAAAUAAUAAUAAUAGUAAUAUGUUAACAAGUAGUAGUUUAUUAAAUGGUAGAAUAAAUUGUUUUAAUAAUAAUAUAAAUAAUAAUAAUAAUAAUCAACAUAACAAUAAUAAUCAACAUAAUAAUAAUAAUAAUCAUCAUAAUAUUAAUAAUCAACAUAAUAAUCAAAAUAAUAAUAAUAAUAAUAAUAAUAAUAAUAAAUGUCAUUGGAAUUCAGGUGACACAGAAAAAUCAAUUGUAUAUAAUGGUAAAGUUGGUAUUAAUGUAGAGAAUCCAGCAUAUGCACUUUCAGUUCAAGGUACAAUCUAUGCAUCUGAAGGUGUUUAUCAUCCAUCAGAUUUAAGAAUAAAAUAUGAUUUGAAAUCGAUCGACUCAAAAUCAAAUCUUGACAAUGUAAAUAGAAUGAAACUUUACGACUAUAAAUAUAAUCCACAAUGGACUCAUAUGAAUGGUAGGGAUCCAUAUUUAGAUAAUUGUGAUAGAGGUGUUAUCGCCCAAGAUCUUCAAAGAAUUUUACCAAAUGCAGUACGUACCAUUGGUAAUAAGAAUGUAAAUGGCCAAGAAAUUGAAAAUCUUUUAGUAAUUAAAAAUGAAGCUUUAGUAAUGGAAACAAUUGGUGCAACUCAAGAACUUUCAAAACAAAUGGAUGAAAUGAAAUUAAAAUUAAUUACCUAUGAAUCAAAAUUAAAAAAUUUAAAAAAGAAAUCAAAAAAUCAAACUAUUCUAUUGAUUAUAUUCAUGAUAACCUUUUUAUUGGUUGCUCUCUAUAUGUAUAAACCAUCAACCCAUCAUAGUCAUCAUCGUCGUCAUAAUUUUGAUAAUAAUGAUAAUUAA